GUUUAGUGUUUUAAUGUGAACAGUAUUGAAGAAAGUUGCCACCUCAGAAGCAGACUGUAUCGGAGUAAGUUUACAGAGCAAAACAGAAGGAAAUAACCAAUCCUCAAGUCGUAGGAUCAAUAGUUGCGAAAUUCUCCUCAAAUUGCGGUCUCUGAAUCACCGAAACGCACGAAGUAUCCAAAUGUUUAUAAUACAUAUCCAGUUUAGUGAGAGGGGGAAGUGAGGGGAGGUCGUUUUGGCUCCUCCCUCCGCGGUGGACCAAUAGGAGCAUUGCAUCGGGCACCCCUCCUCCAGCCCUACUGUGUUCAAAUAUUUUCCAUUACUGACGACAAAUACCCCAGUGUUUGUAGACCCUACAGUCCAGUCUGGAAGUGUUGGCCGUGAUGUGUUAGAGAUGUGUAGCAACGAGACUUCUCCGCCUCCUGCUAGCCCCGUGCCUCUACUACCCUACGGUGUGACCAACAUCAAGAUCCUCCUGAACGACCCUACGUCAGCCACCCCAGUGACCAUGCCUCAGCAGCCUCACACGCUGCUACCUCUAGACCAGUACCGUCUGCAACUCUACAACUACGCGGUCCAAGCGGAACGUCUCCGCACACAGCAGUACCUCCCCGGCAUGCAGCUCCCAGUGUGUCCAGGGUACACGCCCUACCAUCCGAGACUAGCGCUCUCCAUGAGCCUCUUCAACCACCGCAUCCUCCAGCCAGAGGAACCCAAGCCGCAGCACAGCUACAUCGGGCUCAUCGCCAUGGCAAUCCUCAGCUCUCCAGAAGCCAAGCUGGUGCUCUCCGACAUCUACCAAUACAUCCUCGACAACUACCCGUACUUCCGCACUAGAGGACCAGGCUGGAGGAACUCCAUCAGACACAAUCUGUCACUGAACGACUGCUUCAUCAAGGCCGGGAGAAGCGCCAACGGGAAAGGACACUACUGGGCGAUCCACCCGGCGAACGUGGAGGACUUCAAGAAGGGAGACUUUAGAAGAAGAAAAGCCCAGAGGAAGGUUAGGAAACAUAUGGGUUUAGCUGUGGACGACGAUGGAAACGACUCUCCUUCACCACCUCCUAUGACGAUGACUCCUCCGCCUACCAGUCUGUGGCCGCCAGUCACACCCUUGGUGUUCCCGACCUUGCCCACCAACCUGUCGAGGAAGAGACAGUUCGACGUCGCCUCCCUUCUAGCCCCCGAUGACGACCUACAGCCAGCCAUCCGCAAGAGGUUGACAAUCACACCGUACAGCAGCGAUGAGGAAGACAUCGAUGUCGUCUCCUCCGAGAACCCCAGAGAGAAGACUCCACCGACUUCUGCAACCUCUACACCCACGACCCCUGGUACCCCUCCGGCCCCCUGGGCCUACCGACACCCUGGACUGCCCGAGGUUGCCCGCUACUACGAGCAGCUCGCCGCCCAGCAUCAAGCGAGGAGGAUACAGGCUCUCCAAAGUCUUCAGCGAGGUAGGAGUCCUCCCCCGGACCACGACGACAGCGCUGCCUAGGUGUGACCUCAUGCACAUUGUAUGUACAGCUUUAAUGUUUCAUAUGUAAUAUAACCUAUAAUUUUAAUAAUAGCUGUGUGAUAUACCACAAGAUAUGAGGGCUAAACACAAAAGUAUCACAUUCUUUAUAAUAUUUAAAACAAAAAGAGUUACCUAUUAAGUGCUAUAAAUUACGAUUAUAAUUUUCUAUUAAU